CAUAAUCAUAUCUGUGAUAUAUCAACAAUUGAAUUGGCACCAAAAAAUUUAUGCCUCCUACAAGAAAUUUUGGACAAGGUUGAACACUACACUACAAAUAGUUGUUUAGGUGCCGGUCAGCAAUAUGAUCUCAUAGUUAAAGAUACAAUGCUUUCAUACCUUUUACAGCAACGUGAUCUUGAUCCCGAUUAUAUAGUUAUACCAUGGCUUGAGGGUCUAUCUAAUAAACUUACUGGUUUCUUUUAG